AUGGAGGCCUGCGAGCGGGAGCUCGGGAGCUGGGGGAGUCCGGGUCGGAAAGGAAGCUUUAGCACGCGGAGGAAAGGGCGGUGGGCGUCCCCACCCCCUCCGGGGACCGAGGCCCGAGAGCUGGCGAGGCUGGCGGCGCGCCGCGGCGCGGGUGGAACCACGGGGCAGCAGCGCCUCCUGCAGGUGCCUGGCGCCUCCGCAGUAGCCGCGCCGCGCGGUCUCUUAAGGUGGAACCAGCCUCGUUCCCCACCCGCGCUUUUGGCUCUUCCGCAACAGUGGUUCCACCCGCUGCCAAUCUCCCUCCCGAAACGGGCCUUGACUGUCCAGAAUGGUCGGAGCGUGUUGGCCCCCGCUGCUAUUUCCUUGACCCCUUGGCCCCACUUCCUGCAGCACCUCAUCCGAGGGAGCCCCGGUAUCGAUUUGGACGAUCACAAUUGA